AUGUUUGCCUUUGUUUGGUUAUUGCUUUCCGCCUACGCCAGGUUGGUUAGCUCCACAACCCAAAACGAUGGCUACUUUUCUCCGGCUCCGCCGCGGCAAUCCUUCAACGUCUUCCUUCUGGCCGGACAAAGCAACAUGUCCGGCAGAGGAGGCGUAAUCAACGCCACCUGGGACGGCGUCGUCCCGCCUCAAUCUCAACCCAGAGCCUCCGGAAUCCUCCGGCUCAGUGCCAAUGAUGUUUGGGUGAACGCGAAAGAGCCAUUGCACAAGGAUAUAGAUGUGAACAACGUUUGUGGGGUCGGACCGGGUAUGGCAUUUGCGAAUUCGGUGAUGAAUAAGGACUCGGGAAUUGGGGUGGUUGGGCUGGUUCCAUGUGCAGUUGGUGGCACCAAGAUCAGCGAGUGGGGCCGCGGCACCGCCUUGUACGGCCGGCUGGUGAGGCGGGCCGAGGCGGCGGCGGGCAGUGGUGGGGUAAUCCGGGCACUUCUUUGGUACCAAGGGGAAGCUGACACUGUGAAUCAUGAAGAUGCGAAAAUGUAUAAGUGGAGAUUGGAGAGAUUCUUCACUCAUCUUCGUGCUGAUCUGCAAUUGCCUCAACUUCCUAUCAUCCAGGUUGCAUUGGCAUCUGGAACAGGGCCAUAUGUUGGAACAGUGAGAAAAGCUCAGUUUAAGGUUGACCUUCCAAACGUUAAAACAGUGGAUGCAGCUGGGCUGAGAUUGCAGCCGGAUCACUUGCAUCUCAGCACUUCAUCUCAGGUUCAGCUUGGGGAAAUGCUGGCUGAUACCUUUCUUCAGUCUAUUCCAGCUCUUCCUGCUCCGAUUCAGAGUAAGGAACUCGGGAUUAUAAUCCCCGCAAAUGAAGAAACUCCAUCAAUUAUAAAGCGUUCGGAUGCAGAUGGCUUACGUGGGAAUAAUGUCAGACACAUAUUCAUACUAGCCGGGCAGAGCAACAUGGCUGGCCGAGGCGGAGUCAGGAAAGGAAUAUGGGACGGUUUCAUCCCUCGAGAAUGCGAGCCUAAUCCGGCGAUACAUCGCUUGAGCGCCUCGCUGACUUGGGAGGAGGCACGGGAGCCGCUUCACGCUGACAUUGAUCUGAACAAAACUGUCGGUAUUGGACCAGGGAUGGUUUUUGCUAACACAGUUUUGCAAAAAGGUGACAGAUUUAAGGUCAUAGGUUUGGUCCCUUGUGCCGUGGGAGCAAGUAGCAUUAAUGAUUGGUGUCGAGGAUCUGUGCUUUACAACAACUUGAUUGCUAGAGCUAUUGUAGCGAUCAAGGAUGGAGGAAUUAUUGAGGCAAUUCUUUGGUAUCAAGGCGAAAGAGAUACGUUUCAUACCAAAGAUGUUGAUCAUUACAAAGAUAAGUUAGAGCAUCUCAUCUUGGACUUGCGCAACGAUUUACGGUUACCAAAUUUGCCUGUUAUUGAGGUUCUUCUAUCAUCAUCAAACGGGCCUUUGUUGGAUGCUCUGAGAGAAGAACAGCGUGGCGUUGACCUUCCUAACGUGAUAAAAGUCGAUCCUCUCGGACUGCCUCUUCAACCUGAUGGAGUUCAUUUAACUACAGUGGCCCAAGUUUCCCUUGGAGAAAUGAUGGCUGACGCUUUCCUUAAGUUUAAGCCCAAUGGAACUGAAAGAGUAAAUGAAGAAGGCGCAACGGAAAUCAAGGUGGAAACAGUUGAUUUCCGGUCACCUCCGGGAGCUGCUGAUGACCAGAGACCCAAGAAGGAAAACGUAGAAGUCACCCACGUCAAACCAAGUACCGAUAAAGAUCCAGCUGGGAAAGGAGUCAUGGCUCAGACGGCGGCUAAAGUCUCCGAUACAAUCCAAACCGCCAAGGAAAAGCUUUCUUCCGCCGCUGAUUCCACCACCAAAUCUGGCUGA